AUGGCUCAGGAAAGCUAUUUAAGGACAUGUGUUUCUUGGGACACUAGAAAAGAUUCUCUGCAGGUGAACUGGUCAAAUGAUGGAUGUGAGACACAACAGAAGGGGGAAAACCACACUGUGUGUCUGUGUAACCAUCCGACUUACUUCACUGUCCUGGUGGACCUGAAGCCUCGAUCAGUGUGCCAGCCCCUGGAACUCACUGCCAUCCGAUAUGUAGGCUGUGCUGUAUCUAUGAUCAGUGGUUUUGCUCUUAUAAUUUAUCUUGGCAGAAAAAAAGGUUUGGAGAACAAGAAAUGCUGUUUGUUGACAUCAUGCAGCACCCUUCAUCCUACCUGAGGAACAGGUACCUGGCCACAGGAAAGACUUCAGCUUCAAAUCAUAAUCCAAGUACUCCCACAGUUAACUAUGAAGCAAACUUCAUGGUUAACUGUGUAUGAUGCAGCAUUUUGGAGGCAAACAGUUUAUUUAUAUGUACAGCAGUAUGACUCUCUCUUUAUCUCCUACCGAGUGUUGCAACUGUGUUUCAGUUUGUAUCUCAUAUCCUGUAGAUGUUCUUGUACACUGUGUCAUCUUUAUGAAGUCUCACAAUCUGGCUUGUCACUUCAGUGUUUUCAGCAGACCAAAUCUAAGUGAGCUGCAAUUUUAUACAAGCUGGAACAGCUGAGGUAGCUUUUGUUGCACACAGGUUGAACAGCUGUGGUCAAAGGUUUUGGUUUAAGUGUCACUAAUGCCAAAAAAUGUAUUUAUUUGCCAUUAAAAGUCGUGAAUGAAUGAACAAAUCAAACAAAUGAAUGAAUUGCUCAUGACUGCAUGUCACAGAAACAUGUAUUAAAAAAAUAUAUAAAUAAACAACUUGAAUAAAAAUGUAAGCAGCAAAGUGUAUGAAACAUGGCCAUGAGCGUAGCUGGUUUGGACCAUGUUGUUGUUUGCUAACAAUAUACCCACCAAUACAACAUCAUUGUAGUUAACACCAAAGGGCAGAAAACAGCAGUAAGAUGAGAUCAGUAGUAUAACAGAAUCAAUACAAUGCCCAUAGUUCAUUAGAUCAGAACUGUACAGCUCAUACAGUACCACCUGAGGCAAAUGUUCCAAUAGCUCGACGACCAUGGUGAACAUGACAUCAGUGAUGAUAAUGACGA